AGUUGUAACUUGUAAAUAAGUUUUAAAAUAUAAUCAUAUAAUUUAAUCAUUUAGUAGGUAUCUAUUAUUUAUAUGAGAAGCUAUAAGUUAUACGGUAGUUAACAAAUUAACCUUUAUUAGGUAUGUCAGCCCGAAUAUUCCAAACAUUGAUUAAUAAUUGUUCGCGUUUCAAUCUUACACAACGUGCGAUUUUUACAUUUACAGUUAGUAGGCUACAGAGAGCCCAAUUAUUAAGGAUGAGUACUGCCAUACCUAUAGUAGAAGAAUGUGAAAAAGUUGACAAACAGAAUACUAGAUACAUGCGGCGUAAGAGACAGUGGGAGACUAAUGAGAACAAACUUGAGGAUGGUGAGACUGACCAAAAAAAAACAUGCGAAAAUCCUGUUGAAAGAAUUAAACGGAAAAAAGUGGCGAUGUUGAUUGGAUAUUGUGGUGUUGAUUACUAUGGUAUGCAAAGAAAUCCUGGGGUGAAGACCAUAGAAGAGGAUCUAUUGAUAUCACUGAGAGAGUGUAAUUAUAUCACAGAAGCUGAUUUUGUGAAGCAGCAGAAUGCAGAUUUCCAAAGAAGCUCUAGAACCGAUAAAGGUGUAUCUGCUGCAAGACAAGUUGUGUCACUUAAACUACCACUUGAAGCAGACAUAGAAGAGAUCAAUAAACACCUUCCCGCCUGCAUCAAAGUGUUUGGCGUGAAGAGAACUACUAAUAAAUUCAAUUCUAAAUCCAAAUGUAAUGCACGCACAUAUAGCUAUACUCUUCCAACUUAUGUAUUUGAACCAAAAGCCGUCACAGAGGAAGAGAGAAAGAAUUACAGAAUAACUGCAGAAAAGAUGAGCUUAGUCAAUGAAAUACUGAGUUAUUACAAAGGCACUAAAAGCUUUCACAAUUUCACGGAAAAAAAGCACCACAACGACCCGUCCGCAUCCCGCUACAUGAUGUCUUUCAGCUUGGAAAGGGUUUUCAAUGAAUGUGAGAUGGAGUUUGCUGAACUAUGUGUAAAGGGUCAGAGUUUCAUGCUGCAUCAGAUUCGCAAAAUGGUAGGGUUGAUGAUAGCGGUAGUGCGACGACAGGCGGGAUUGGAGAUGAUGCGCCGCGUGUUCGGAAGUGAGAAACUGAUGCUGCCCACCGCGCCAGGUUUGGGUCUCGUGCUGGACAAGGUGCAUUACGAGAGAUACGACGCAAAGUUUAAAGACAGUCACGAGAACCUAACGUGGGAGGAAGUGGACCCACUCGUGGAGGCGUUUAAGCGAGAGCAUAUCGUAAAAAGCAUCGUGCGCGGGGAGGUGGAAGAGUGGGCGUCCGCGCGAUGGCUGGAGAAGCUUUACGGACACUCUUUCGAACCCGCCGCCGAUGUCGAAGAAACAAAGGAAGAUACCGACGAACGCCUCGAACAAGGUGUCGAACGGUGCGACCAAGGUGACGAACGCUGCGACCAAGUAGACCAAGUUGAUGCAUGCCUCGACAAAGCUGACGAAUGUGAUGGUGACGAUGAGGGUAAAGAGAAGUUAGUGAUUGACGAACAAGCUAAUGGCGGUGACGUGAUAGAUGGCGCACUCAUUGAGAAGAGCGAAUGUGUGAAGGAAGUUGGUGUUGGGCAGUGACCACGUAGAGUAUUCUUUAUAAUGUAUCUGUAGCAGGCAUGCUGUCUACCAGUGUAUGGGCAGUGAUCGACAGAGGCGCCACGGCCGUUAGUACACCGACACGUCUGCCAACCGGACAUUGAAGUGAUUUAGCUGGCUCACCCUUCACGAUGGAGCGUACACUCUGUCGGCUUUGGUGUCGCUAUUUUAGUAUGACAAUCAUACGAUACAUUAUGUAACAUAGGAUUGUGCAUUGUAAAUUAUACCUCUAUAAGAAUAAUAUUUUAUAUAAUAAAGUCAUAAUCAAUUA